AUGGCUGAUGUUUUGCUUAAUCUUGUUAUAGAGGGAGUUCUGAAUAAGUUAAUUUCACUUGUGGCUGAAGAGAUCAACAUAGUGUGGGGUGUCAAGGAAGAUCUUGAAAGUUUAGCUCGAAAUCUGGAGAUGAUUCAAGCUUUGCUGGUUGAUGCGGAAUGCCAACAUACCAGUAAAGAAGCCGUUGAUCUUUGGCUUAAAUGGCUCCGGGAUGUGUCGUCCAAGGCUGAGUACUUGCUGGACGAGCUUGCAUAUGAAGUUCUUCGCAACAAGUUGAAGAAGCGCAAGCAAGACCAGGUUUGUAGCUUCUUUUCUUGUCCAUAUCCGCUCGCAUUCCGUUUCAAAUUUGCUCACAAGAUUAAGAACAUGAACUUGAGUAUAGAGAAAGUUUAUCAGGAAGCAAAAAGGAUUGGACUUAGUCCUGUCGAGAUAGGUAACAUGUCUAACAAUCCCAGAAGUGACCCAUCUAGUACUACUCAUCCUUUUGUUGAUGAUUCCAGUAUUGUGGGAAGGAGUGAGGAAGUGAACGAGAUUGUAAAAUUGUUAACUUCUUCAGAGAAGGAUGGUAAUAAAUUAUCAGUUAUUGGUAUAGUUGGCAUGGCUGGUUUGGGCAAGACAACUACUGCUCAGCUAGUCUACAAAAAUGAAAAGGUGCUGAGGCAUUUUGAUCACAAAUUGUGGAUCCACGUGUCAGAAGAUUUCAAUGUUGAAAGACUCUUAAAUAAGAUGGUAGAGUCUCUUACAGGAACCAACCCUAAUCUGACAGUUGCAGAGGCAAUUGUAAGAAAGCUUAACGAGGUACUUAAAACCAAAAGAUUCUUGCUUGUACUGGAUGAUGUUUGGAAUGAAGAUGCAGAGAAAUGGGAUAGAAUGAGGAAGUGUCUGCGAGGGAUAGGUGGAUCGGACGAAAGCAGGAUAAUCGUGACAACUCGAAACGAGACAGUUGUUUCAAUCAUGCAAGCAUCUUUUACCUGUCAAUUGGGAACACUUUCUGAUGAUGAUAGCUGGGAAUUGUUUGAGAAAAUAGCAUUUGAUCACGGUUGUGCAGCAGUAAAGACUCCUGAAUUGAUAAAUAUAGGAAGAAAAAUUGUUGCUAAGUGCGGUGGUGUGCCAUUGGCAGUAACGGCAAUAGGAGGUUUGUUGUACUCCAAAGAGGAUGAACGGAUUGCUUAA